AUGAGGUGUGAGAAGGUGCUGUAUCGGUGUCUUGAGGUGGGAUAACUAAAUAUACCUAAAUAACUCAUAGUGAGGUGGGAUAACUAAAUAUACCUAAAUAACUCAUAGUGAGGUGGGAUAACUAAAUACACCUAAAUAACUCAUAGAGAGGUGGGAUAACUAAAUAUACCUAAAUAACUCAUAGAGAGCAGACUGACAUGAUCAGAAUGAUUUAAAUGUAUUUGAUUUCCAUUCGACUCAUUCAACACGUUGAGCUACAAUCGCCCAGGAGACUCCGGAGUGAAGCUGCUCUCAUUUUAACUCUAAACAGGGAACAAUAUGAGUGGUUGUGUGAAGCUGGAAAAUGACUAAUAAAAACAAAUAUUCACAGUGUACUCAUACCUUUCUUAAAGGCGUUGCAUGGUCAAUCGGACGCCUGCAUUGGCCGUGCAGCAUUUACAGUGAUGUGGCCUCUGCAGAAGUCGGGGCAUUCAUAGUGCUGAGCUGUUGUGAAGGAAGUUGGCAAGGAAGUGAGUUUGUGUUUAUACAGGACCUCCCGCCCCCACCUACCGUCAACCAAUCAUGUCAAUGCAGAGCUAUACAGAGCCCUCCUCAUUGUUACAACAUUUGGGAGGCGCACGGCGAUGCGGUAAGGAGCUCCGUUUGGUCUCCGGAGGCUCCGCGAUUGUGUCACACCCACCACAUGGAGCCUCCGACCACAUUUUCGGAUCAAGCAGAAAUAGACUUUUACAGUGUUGAGCCUGAAGGACUAUGCAGGUUUGAGAUGAAAUGUAAGUAUUGUCAAAUCAUCACAUCCCAUCUAAAACAGGGCAUAUAUUACUGAGUUUACAUCAACAUGAAAAUGUAUUCAUCCUAAUCAGACAGGUUUUUUACAUGGACGAUACACUGGAGAUAAUAUAAGACAAGUACUGGAAACAAUAGAACACUAUGAACAAUCUGGGAAACCAGGCCUGCUAUUCAUAGCUGACUGUAAAGGCUUUUGAUAAAGUACGACUGGAAUUGAUAUAGAAAUGCAAUGGGUUAAAGUUAUGUAUAGUAACCCCAGGUGUAAAAUAGUAAAUAUUGGCUACUUCUCAGAAAGUAUUAAACUGUCAAGAGGAGUGAAACAAGGUUGUCCACUAUCGGCAUAUCUAUUUAUUAUGGCCAUCGAAAUGUUAGCUAUUAAAAUCAGAUCCAACAAUAAUAUCAAGGGGCUAGAAAUCCAGGGCUUAAAAACUAAUUAUGAGUGUACUAUAUUACAUAUUGGAUCACAAAAAAAUACAACUUUUACAUUACUGUGUAGUUUACCAAUAAAAUGGUCUGACAGUAAAGUGGACAUACUCGGUAUUCAUAUCCCGAAAAAAAACAAAUUAUCUCAAUGCAAUACAUUUUAAUAGAAAGUUAGCAAGAAUAGAUAAGAUCUUGCUAGCAUGAAAAGGUAAAUACUGUCUAUUGGUGGAAAAAUCACCCUGAUUAACUCUUUAGUCAUAUCCCCGUUUACCUAUUUGCUUAUGGCCCUUCCUACACCUAACGACUUGUUUUUAAAAUUAUAUGAGUAAAAAUUCUCAAUUUUAUUUGUAAUGACAAGCCAGACAAAAUUAAACAGCCCUAUUUAUAUAAUGACUAUGAAUUCGGAGGGCAUAAGUGAUUAAAUAUUUAAGCAUUAGACCUCUCACUAAAGGCUUCAGUCAUACAAAAGUUAUACAUACAUCAGAACUGGUUCUCAAGCAGCUUAGUAAGAAUGUGUCACCCGUGUUCUAGAAUGGCCUUUUCCCCUUUAUUCAGAUUACAACCUCUCAUUUUCAGUUGUUUGAAAAUUAAAUAAUCUCCAAAGUAUCGCUAUUUUUAAAAGAAGUCAUAGAAAGUUGGUUGCAAUUUCAGUAUAAUCCACCAGAAAAGACAGAACAAAUAAUACAACAAAUAUUGUGGUUAAACUCAAAUAUACUAAUUGAUAGAAAAAUGUUAUUUUUGGAAAAAAUGUUUAAAAACAGUUUAUUCUUUGUAAAUUAUAUCAUAAAUAGGACUGGUGGAGUUGUCACACAUGCAGCUAACAAAAAUAUAUGGAAAUGUCUGCUCUACCCAAAAUUACAACCAACUAAUUACCGCAAAAAUGGAAGAGGCAAGUGGAUAUGGCCUCUUCCAUUUUCUUCAAGUGCAGUCGCAAAAACCAUAAAGCGCUAUGAUGAAACUGGCUCUCAUGAGGACCACCACAGGAAAGGAAGACCCAGAGUUACCUCUGCUGCAGAGGAUAAGUUCAUUAGAGUUAACUGCACCUCAGAUUGGAGUCCAAAUAAAUGCUUCACAGAGUUCAAGUAACAGACACAUCUUAACAUCAACUGUUCAGAGGAGACUGUGUGAAUCAGGCCUUCAUGGUCAAAUUGCUGCAAAGAAACCACUACUAAAGGACACCAAUAAGAAGAAGAGACUUGCUUGGGCCAAGAAACACGAGCAAUGGACAUUAGACUGGUGGAAAUCUAUCCUUUGGUCUGAUGAGUCCAUAUUUGAGAUUUUUGGUUCCAACCGCCGCGUCUUUGUGAGACGCAGAGUAGGUGAACUGAUGAUCUCUGCAUGUGUGGGUCCCACCGUGAAGCAUGGAGGAGGAGGUUUGAUGGUGUGGGGGUGCUUUGCUUGUGACACUCUCAGUGAUUUAUUUAGAAUUCAAGGCACACUUAACCAGCAUGGCUACCACAGCAUUGUGCAGCGAUAUGCCAUCCCAUCUGGUUUGCGCUUAGUGGGACUAUCAUUUGUUUUUCAACAGGACAAUGACCCAAAACACACCUCCAGGCUGUGUAAGGGCUAUUUUACCAAGAAGGAGAGUGAUGGAGUGCUGCAUCAGAUGACCUGGCCUUCAUAAUCAUCCAACCUCAACCCAAUGUUCUUUGAAUUGUGUUCUUGGCACUUUAAAUCUGUUUUAUUAUAAUUAUUAAGUAAAUGUGUUCUUCUAAUCUACAAUAUAAAACCUACCAUCCCUUUAUCUAUCAAAUAAGCGUUCAAAUCUGCUCACAAUGUAAAACAAAAUAACACAUUAUUAGCUACAAUCAUACUUUUCUACUCGUUUUAUUGUCUUCAUUCAGACAUUACAUAUAUUUUUUAUAUAGUAUUAAUAUUGUUAUUUAGGCUGCAGUAGUUAAGGGAUACUUGUGAUUGGGAUCCACUUGCUUGUAGUUUCUGGAUCUUGAUAGUUUUCAAAUUCAAAGUUUGUGUCUCUACCCCCAGUUUAUUCAUUUCAGUUUCUAAUUUAGUUUUUUCUAGGAGCAGCACUUCUUUUUGGAGCAUUAAGACCUCCCCAUUUGUGGUCUGGGAGCCUUGCCUGCUUGUCUUUCUCCUGAAAGUGAAGAAAAGUUCAACAAAUUGCAGCUAAGUUAGACAUACAGUGGGAGAAAAAAAGUAUUUAGUCAGCCACCAAUUGUGCAAGUUCUCCCACUUAAAAAGAUGAGAGAGGCCUAUAAUUUUCAUCAUAGGUACACGUCAACUAUGACAGACAAAAUGAGAAAGAAUACUCCAGAAAAUCACAUUGUAGGAUUUUUUAUGAAUUUAUUUGCAAAUUAUGGUGGAAAAUAAGUAUUUGGUCAAUAACAAAAGUUUCUCAAUACUUUGUUAUAUACCCUUUGUUGGCAAUGACACAGGUCAAACAUUUUCUGUAAGUCUUCACAAGGUUUUCACACACUGUUGCUGGCCCAAUUUUGGCCCAUUCCUCCAUGCAGAUCUCCUCUAGAGCAGUGAUGUUUUGGGGCUGUCGCUGGGCAACACGGACUUUCAACUCCCUCCAAAGAUUUUCUAUGGGGUUGAGAUCUGGAGACUGGCUAGGCCACUCCAGGACCUUGAAAUGCUUCUUACGAAGCCACUCCUUCGUUGCCCAGGCGGUGUGUUUGGGAUCAUUGUCAUGCUGAAAGACCCAGCCACGUUUCAUCUUCAAUGCCCUUGCUGAUGGAAGGAGGUUUUCACUUAAAAAUUCACGAUACAUGGCCCCAUUCAUUCUUUCCUUUACACGGAUCAGUCGUCCUGGUCCCUUUGCAGAAAAACAGCCCCAAAGCAUGAUGUUUCCACCCCCAUGCUUCACAGUAGGUAUGGUGUUCUUUGGAUGCAACUCAGCAUUCUUUGUCCUCCAAACACGACGAGUUGAGUUUUUACCAAAAGGUUCUAUUUUGGUUUCAUCUGACCAUAUGACAUUCUCCCAAUCCUCUUCUGGAUCAUCCAAAUGCACUCUAGCACACUUCAGACGGGCCUGGACAUGUACUGGCUUAAGCAGGGGGACACGUCUGGCACAGCAGGAUUUGAGUCCCUGGUGGCGUAGUGUGUUACUGAUGGUAGGCUUUGUUACUUUGGUCCCAGCUCUCUGCAGGUCAUUCACUAGGUCCCCCCGUGUGGUUCUGGGAUUUUUGCUCACCAUUCUUGUGAUCAUUUUGACCCCACGGGGUGAGAUCUUGCGUGGAGCCUCAGAUCGAGGGAGAUUAUCAGUGGUCUUGUAUGUCUUCCAUUUCCUAAUAAUUGCUCCCACAGUUGAUUUCUUCAAACCAAGCUGCUUACCUAUUGCAGAUUCAGUCUUCCCAGCCUGUUGCAGGUCUACAAUUUUGUUUCUGGUGUCCUUUGACAGCUCUUUGGUCUUGGCCAUAGUGGAGUUUGGAGUGUGACUGUUUGAGGUUGUGGACAGGUGUCUUUUAUACUGAUAACAAGUUCAAACAGGUGCCAUUAAUACAGGUAACGAGUGGAGGACAGAGGAGCCUCUUAAAGAAGAAGUUACAGGUCUGUGAGAGCCAGAAAUCUUGCUUGUUUGUAGGUGACCAAAUACUUAUUUUCCAUCAUAAUUUGCUAAUAAAUUCAUAAAAAAUCCUACAAUGUGAUUUUCUGGAUUUUUUUUCUCAAUUUGUCUGUCAUAGUUGACGUGUACCUAUGAUGAAAAUUACAGGCCUCUCUCAUCCUCUCUCAUCUUUUUAAGUGGGAGAACUAGCACAAUUGGUGGCUGACUAAAUACUUUUUUUCCCCACUGUAUAGGGCCUCCUAGGGACUUCAAUUGAUAUCCUAUAGUUUAUUCUACGUAUCUGGCGAUCCAAAAGCAGUAGUCAAAGAGUUGAUCGGUACUACUUUGGUGGAGGAGGAAACCCUUCCGGCGAGUGAGGUUGAUGAAAAGGGUGCUCCGGGUAGUGGGGUGAGUCUCAUAGACUGAGGACUGAGGCAAAGUUGAAGCAACAGAAAUUAGAGCACAAGGAUCUCACUAUUGACAAAGCUGAAGUUCUUGCAGAUGAGUUCGUGUUGACACAUGAAAGUGCCUUCACAAACAAAGCACCCAGCCGUUUCUUCUUGUGGGAGCACUCCAGCCCAUUAAGUCUCUGGUUGGGACUGGCGUAUCUCCUAAACAAGAUUUUGGAUCAGAUGUGUAUGAACCCUUUGUUUCAGACAGGUUCGUGUCUCCGCAGAGUGGUGAUGCUGUUAAGCAGCCGGUGAAGAUACUGCGAGACGCUGGCGAUGCCCAGUCCUUCAUGUUGGAGGGUGUUUUGCCUUUCUGACAUUUCAGCAACUGGUUACAGUGUGUUAGUUCAAGGCGUGGAGAUGGGUUGCAUGGAAGUUCCUUUGUACACUGCUCAAAAAAAUAAAGGGAACACUAAAAUAACACAUCCUGGAUCUGAAUGAAUGAAAUAAUCGUAUUAAAUACUUUUUUCUUUACAUAGUUGAAUGUGCUGACAACAAAAUCACACAAAAAUUAUCAAUGGAAAUCAAAUUUAUCAACCCAUGGAGGUCUGGAUUUGGAGUCACCGUCAAAAUUAAAGUGGAAAACCACACUACAGGCUGAUCCACCUUUGAUGUGAUGUCCUUAAAACAAGUCAAAAUGAGGCUCAGUAGUGUGUGUGGCCUCCACAUGCCUGUAUGACCUCCCUACAACGCCUGGGCAUGCUCCUGAUGAGGUGGCGGAUGGUCUCCUGAGGGAUCUCCUCCCAGACCUGGACUAAAGCAUCCGCCAACUCCUGGACAGUCUGUGGUGCAACGUGGCGUUGGUGGAUGGAGCGAGACAUGAUGUCCCGGAUGUGCUCAAUUGGAUUCAGGUCUGGGGAACGGGCGGGCCAGUCCAUAGCAUCAAUGCCUUCCUCUUGCAGGAACUGCUGACACACUCCAGCCACAUGAGGUCUAGCAUUGUCUUGCAUUAGGAGGAACCCAGGGCCAACCUCACCAGCAUAUGGUCUCACAAGGGGUCUGAGGAUCUCAUCUCGGUACCUAAUGGCAGUCAGGCUACCUCUGGCGAGCACAUGGAGGGCUGUGCGGCCCCCCAAAUAAAUGCCACCCCACACCAUGACUGAUCCACCGCCAAACCGGUCAUGCUGGAGGAUGUUGCAGGCAGCAGAACAUUCUCCACGGCGUCUACAGACUCUGUCACGUCUGUCACAUGUGCUCAGUGUGAACCUGCUUUCAUCUGUGAAGAGCACAGGGCGCCAGUGGUGAAUUUGCCAAUCUUGGUGUUCUCUGGCAAAUGCCAAACGUCCUGCACGGUGUUGGGCUGUAAGCACAACCCCCACCUGUGGACGUCGGGCCCUCAUACCACCCUCAUGGAGUCUGUUUCUGACCGUUUGAGCAGACACAUGCACAUUUGUGGCCUGCUGGAGGUCAUUUUGCAGGGCUCUGGCAGUACUCCUCCUACUCCUCCUUGCACAAAGAUGGAGGUAGCAGUCCUGCUGCUGGGUUGUUGCCCUCCUACGGCCUCCUCCACGUCUCCUGAUGUACUGGCCUGUCUCCUGGUAGCGCCUCCAUGCUCUGGACACUACGCUGACAGACACAGCAAACCUUCUUGCCACAGCUCGCAUUGAUGUGCCAUCCUGGAUGAGCUGCACUACCUGAGCCACUUGUGUGGGUUGUAGACUCCGUCUCAUGCUACCACUAGAGUGAAAGCACUGCCAGCAUUCAAAAGUGACCAAAACAUCAGCCAGGAAGCAUAGGAAUUGAGAAGUGGUCUGUGGUCACCAUCUGCAAAACCAGUCCUUUAUUGGGGGUGUCUUGCUAAUUGCCUAUAAUUUCCGCCUGUUGUCUAUUCCAUUUGCACAACAGCAUGUGACAUUUAUUGUCAAUCAGUGUUGCUUCCUAAGUGGACAGUUUGAUUUCACAGAAGUGUGAUUGACUUGGAGUUACAUUGUGUUGUUUAAGUGUUCCCUUAAUUUUUUUGAGCAGUGUAUAAUGUGGAACAGAAGUCUGGUCUUAUUUCUGGUUCCGUUGUCGUUGGAGUGAGGCCUAACCUACCGGUGAAGGGGGUUUCAUUCAUUAUGAGAAACGAUUUGGCUGGAGGGAAGGUCAUGCCAAAUCCUGUCAUUUGUAAGGAACCCGGAAUAGGAGAACCUGAUGGGUUAUCAGUAAAGUACCCUACUUGUGCCAUUACACGUGCUAUGUCUAAGAAAGUCGCUGGGAGCAAGUCUAGUGUUGAGGAGGAUGUCAGCAAUCCCACCAUGGUCGGUCUGUCUGAGACGUUUAUGGAUGAUCCUGAUUUCGCUGAGCCUCCUGAGUUGAAAACCCGCGGUGAGCGAGGGUUCCUACAGCUGAGACGAUGGAAGCAGCUGAUUGUGGAACACAGUAAUGAUGUUUCCCUCUCCUGUCUUUUUGCUGAGCUACGUCCAGAAGAGGAGUUUGAUGAAGUUUGUGUGGGUUACUUUGACAGAUGGUGUUCUAAUGAAGAAAUGGUGUUGUCACACCACUUCUGGGCAAGAUGAUUGGCCCAGUGUAUCUCAAAUUGUCAUUCCAGUUACGCUUCGACAAGAGAUACUGAAGUUGGCUCAUGAUGGUAGUAUGGCAGGCCAUCUUGGGCUCAACAAGAUGUAUGACCAUAUCUUGUGUAACUUCUUCUGGCCUGGUCUGAAACAGGAUGUUGUGUCUUACUGUAAAUCCUGUCGCGUUUGCCAGCGGACCAAAACCAAACCAAGCUGUACCGGUUGCACCUUUGCAGCCUAUUCCUGUUUUUGACAAACCUUUCAGCAGGGUUCUGGUGGACUGUGUUGGUCCUUUGCCUAAAGCAAAGAGUGGUAACCAGUUUAUCUUAACCAUUAUGUGUGCUGCCAUUCUUUUCCCUGAGGCCAUUCCACUGAGGAAGAUCACAGCUCCCAGUAUUGUUAAGGCCCUAGUGAAAUUAUUUUUCAACAUUUGGACUUCCGCAGGUAGUGCAGUCGGACCAAGGUUAGAAUUUCAUGUCAAAGGUCUUCCAGCAAGUGCUACAAUAGUUGGGUGUAACCCACUGCCCCUCUAGUGCCUACCACCCAGAGUCCCAAGGUGCUCUGGAGAGAUUUCAUCAGAUUUUGAAGUCUGUUUUGAGUUUGAGAAAGACUGGGAUGAAGGGGUGGUUGUUCAGGAAUCUCUUGGUUUUAGUCCGAAUUAACUUGUGUUUGGACAUCAUGUCAGAGGUCCUUUGAGGUUGCUGAGAGAGAGGUUGUUGCAGGGUGACACCUUAAAAACAAAAACGAAUCUGUUGGAGCAGGUUAGUGCUUUUCGAUACAGAUUGCAUUGCACCUGUGAGUUUGCCAGUGAGAAUCUGGAGAGGGCGCAAACGAAAAUUAAAGUUUGGUACGAUUGGAAGGCCUGGAACCGCACUUUCGAUGUGGGUGACCAAGUCCUGGGUUUUGUUGCCCAUUCUGGGUUCACGGUUGCAAGCUCGCUUUUCAGGCCCUUACCCCAAAACCGGUCAUCUGGAUUACAUCAUCGCCCCUCCGGUGUGCAGGAGAAAAUCCCGGCUGUGUCACGUCAACAUGUUGAACCAUACCUCACCCGCUACAAUCGGGCGGCGAAACCAGUAGUGAUGUUCUGCCUCUGGCCACUGCUGUCACCGUUGACUAUAGUCUUCCUCAAGGGUACGAGGAAAGCCUAAUACACCCUGUGCCGGUUGGACGGUUGAGUAACUCAGAGAUUCUAGGAAAACCUUGAUGGCUUUUUGGCACACUUGUCUCCGGAGGAAAAAGGCGACAUUGUUGCACUGCUUUAUGAAUAUCAGGGUUUAUUCUCAGAUGUGCCAACCCAGACAAAUGAACUAGAGCAUGACAUUUGAUGUUGGUGACUCUGACCCAAUCACACAAAUUCCACUGAGGAAAAUCAUGGGAGGAAAGUUACUACGGACAUUGCAGGAGUUUCCUCUUGUAAUCAGACAUGUCCAUGGUAAGGACAACUUGGUUGCUGAUUGUCUCAAUGGUGGGCAGUCAAUACAUUUUGUGUUUUCCGUUUAGCCAGUGCUGCCCUGGCACACAAUUUAUUUGGACUGCACGUUUUUCUGUAUUGGAGAUGAGUUUGGAUUUUGUUUGGGCUCGUUUGGUUUGGUUUUGUUUGGGCUCGUUUGGUUUGGUUUUGUUUGGGCUCGUUUGGUUUGGUUUUGUUUGGGCUCGUUUGGUUUGGUUUUGUUUGGGAUGAAAGUUAUAGAAACAUACUUUAUUUUACCCGUUUCUCAAACAUCAGUUUUAGGCAAAAUAAAAUAACAAAAAUAUUGUAGAAAAAAAUGUGUUUUAUUUAUUUAAUGGUUGACAGCCAGUUUAUAUUGCAGAAUGUUACGUAUUUAAGUUGAUUAUGUUAUGAAAUGAAAGUUUCAUUUUUCUCAGACACCUGGACCGAGUGGGCCAGAGCUCGGCCCACAAUGGCCUGGACCCACACACCCUCAUACUCCUCUUCAGCCCUCUGCUGCUCACCGCUGGGUCAGAAGAAGAUUGUCAGGUUUCUGCCCAGGUGCAGGAGAGACUGCCUCCCAAGCCUUCCAAAACCAAAGCCAUGGCAUCCUCUGUGAUCAAUGGAGACGGCAGCAAGAUGGCUGAUGCAGAGUGGUACUGGGGAGACAUUUCCAGAGAGGAGGUGUAUGAGAAGAUGAGAGACACUCCGGAUGGUACUUUCUUGGUCCGAGACGCCUCAAGCAAGGUGCAAGGAGAAUACACAUUGACUCUCAGGAAAGGCGGCAAGUACGGCUUCUCUGAGCCGCUGACCUUUUCCUCUGUGGCGGAGCUCAUCCUGCAUUAUCACCAGGAGUCGCUGGCCCAGUACAACCCCAAGCUGGACUCACGGCUACUGUAUCCCGUCUCCAAAUAUCAGCAGGACCAGGUGGUGAAAGAAGACUGCACAUUGAUCUGGUACUGGUACUCCCUGCAUAUAGCUCCACAUUGAUCUGGUACUGGUACUUCCUGUAUAUAGCUCCACAUUGAUCUGGUAAUGGUACUCCCUUUAUAUAGCUCCACAUUGAUCUGGUACUGGUACUCCCUGUAUAUAGCUCCACAUUGAUCUGGUACUGGUACUCCCUGUAUAUAGCUCCACAUUGAUCUGGUACUGGUACUUCCUGUAUAUAGCUCCACAUUGAUCUGGUACUGGUACUCCUUGUAUAUAGCUCCUCAUUGAUCUGGUACUGGUACUCCUUGUAUAUAGCUACACAUUGAUAUGGUACCGGUACUUCCUGUAUAUAGCUCCACGUUGAUCUGAUAAUGUUACUUCCGGUAUAUAGCUCCACAUUGAUCUGGUACUUCCUGUAUAUAGCUCUGCAUUAAUCUGGUACUUCCUGUAUAUAGCUCCUCAUUGAUCUGGUACUUCCUGUAUAUAGAUCCACAUUGAUCUGGUACUCCCUGUAUAUAGCUCCACAUUGAUCUGGUACUGGUACUUCCUGUAUAUAGCUCCACAUUGAUCUGGUACUGGUAAUCCUGUAUAUAGCUCCACAUUGAUCUGGUACCGGUACUUUCUGUAUAUAGCUCCACAUUGAUCUGGUACUGGUACUCCCUGUAUAUAGCUCCACAUUGAUCUGGUACUGGUACUCCCUGUAUAUAGCUCCACAUUGAUCUGGUACUGGUACUCCCUGUAUUUAGCUCCACAUUGAUCUGGUACUGGUACUUCCUGUAUAUAGCUCCACGUUGAUCUGGUACUUGUACUUCCUGUAUGUAGCUCCACAUUGACCUGGUACUGGUUCUUCCUGUUUAUAGCUCCACAUUGAUCUGGUACUUCCUGUAUAUAGCUCCACAUUGAUCUGGUACUGGUACUUCCUGGUACUGGUACUUCCUGUAUAUAGCUCCACAUUGUUCUGGUACUUCCUGUAUACAGCUCCACAUUGAUCUGGUACUUCCUGUAUAUAGCUCCACAUUGAUCUGUUACUUCCUGUAUAUAGCUCCAUUCUUGUGUAUUUUAUUUUAUUCCUCCUGUGUUCAUUUUUUAUUUUUUAACUCUGCAUUCACAAAUAAAAUACACCAGUAGUCCUAUAUGUUGAUAAAUAACUGACCAUACACCAGUAGUCCUAUAUGUUAAUAGAUAACUGACCAUACACCAGUAGUCCUAUAUGUUAAUAGAUAACUGACCAUACACCAGUAGUCCUAUAUGUUGAUAGAUAACUGACCAUACACCAGUAGUCCUAUAUGUUGAUAGAUAACUGACCAUACACCAGUAGUCCUAUAUGUUGAUAGAUAACUGACCAUACACCAGUAGUCCUAUAUGUUGAUAGAUAACUGACCAUACACCAGUAGUCCUAUAUGUUGAUAGAUAACUGACCAUACACCAGUAGUCCUAUAGGUUGAUAGAUAACUGACCAUACACCAGUAGUCCUAUAUGUUGAUAGAUAACUGACCCUGUUCCUUGUGUACACACAUCAUUCAACUCAUUAAGGGAUGAUGAUUAGUUGACAAAUUAAAUCAGGUGUGUUUGUCCAGGGUUACAAAAUAAAGUGCACUGUUGGGGCUACUCGAGGAAAAACUUUGGGAAAGACUGCACUAAUAGACCUAUAUUUUAAUAGAUAACUGACUAUUCACCAUUACACCUAUAUGUUAAUCCACAAAUCUUUGUAAAAUGUGUAUCUAGUAGGGAAACGUUUGACAUUCUUAGUUUUAGCGUCUUACAUUUUAACUAUCAUAGCACUAUGUAGCGGUCAAGUUUCAAAGUUUAUUUGCCACGUGCACAGGAUACAACAGCUGUAAAACAGUACAGUGAAAUUCUUACCUUGAGAGCUCGUUCCCAAAUAAUGCAGUGAUAAUAAUAAUAAAAUAAUAAUAACAAUAAUAAUAAUAAUAAUAAUAAUAAUAAUAAUAAUAGAAAAUAUAAUAAAAUAAAAAACACACAAGAAGUACGAUUAUAUUGAAGAAAUGAGAAUAGUUGGAUAUACAGGUCAGUGUCAGUACCUUGUUCAAUGUGAUGAAGGAUUUUGAGGCUGAUUCCCUGACCUGUCAAUGUUUUUAAUUUGCUGUUUUUGAUAUUGUUAUACUCUUGUGAAUUCAUGAAUGGUUUUUACUAGAUUACUUGUAGUUUUUCAUGUUGUCUGUCUGUAAUUUUUUGUAAUGACUUGGUGCUGCCUAUCUUGGCCAGGACGCUCUUGAAAAAUAGAUUUUAAAUCUCAAUGAGCCCUUCCUGGUUAAAUAAAGGUUAAAUAAAAUAAAAUAAAUAAACUGGAGUGGUUGGAUAUACAGGUCAGUACCUUAUUCAAUGUGCAGGGGUACUGGAGUGGUUGGAUAUACAGGUCAGUGUCAGUACCUUAUUCAAUGGCAGGGGUACUGGAGUGGUUGGAUAUACAGGUCAGUGUCAGUACCUUAUUCAAUGGCAGGGGUACUGGAGUGGUUGGAUAUACAGGUCAGUGUCAGUACCUUAUUCAAUGUUCAGGGGUACUGGAGUGGUUGGAUAUACAGGUCAGUGUCAGUACCUUAUUCAAUGGCAGGGGUACUGGAGUGGUUGGAUAUACAGGUCAGUGUCAGUACCUUAUUCAAUGUGCAGGGGUACUGGAGUGGUUGAAUAUACAGGUCAGUGUCAGUACCUUAUUCAAUGUGCAGGGGUACUGGAGUGGUUGGAUAUACAGGUCAGUGUCAGUACCUUGUUCAAUGUGCAGGGGUACUGGAGUGGUUGUAUAUACAGGUCAGUGUCAGUACCUUAUUCAACGUGCAGGGGUACUGGAGUGGUUGGAUAUACAGGUCAGUGUCAGAACCUUAUUCAAUGGCAGGGGUACUGGAGUGGUUGUAUAUACAGGUCAGUACCUUAUUCAAUGUGCAGGGGUACUGGAGUGGUUGUAUAUACAGGUCAGUGUCAGUACCUUAUUCAAUGUGCAGGGGUACUGGAGUGGUUGGAUAUACAGGUCAGUGUCAGUACCUUAUUAAAUUGUAGGGGUACUGGAGUGGUUGAAUAUACAGGUCAGUGUCAGUACCUUGUUCAACGUUCAGGGGUACUGGAGUGGUUGUACAAUGCCAGGCCCAGCCAAUCAGAAUGAGUUUUUCCCCACAAAAGGGCUUUAUUACUGACAGAAAUACUCCUCCGCACCCCCCUCCCCCCUCUGACGAUCCCGCAGGUGAAGAAGACGGAUGUGGAGGUUCUGGUCUUGCGUGGUUACAUGUGGUCUGCGGUUGUGAGGCCGGUUGGACGUACAGCCAAAAUCUCUUUUUUUUCUUUUUUUUUACCUUUAUUUAACUAGGCAAGUCAGUUAAGAACAAAUUCUUAUUUACAAUGACGGCCUACACCGGCCAAACCCGGACGACGCUGGGCCAAUUGUGCGCUGCCCUAUGGGACUCCCAAUCAUGGCCGGUUGUGAUACAGCCUGGAAUCGAACCAGGGGGUCUGUAGUGACGCCUCAAGCACUGAGAUGCAGUUGGAGGCGGUUUAUGGUAGAGAAAUUAACAUAAAAUUCUCUGGCAAUUGCACACUCCUUCAAAACCUGACACAUCUGUGGCAUUGUGUUGUGUGACAAAACGGCACCUUUUAGAGUGGCCUUUUAUUGUCCUCAGCACAAGGUGCACCUGUGUAAUGAUCAUGCUGUUUAAUCAGCUUCUUGAUAUGUCACACCUGUCAUGUGAUGGAUUAUCUUGACAAAGGAUAAAAUCCUCACUAAUAGGGAUGCAACCAAAUUUGUGCACAAAAUUUGAGAGAAAUAACCUUUUUGUGCAUUCAGUAUGGAACAUUUCUGGGAUCUUUUAAUUCAGCUUGUGAAACAUGGGACCAGCACUUUACAUUUUGCAUAUAUAAUUUUGUUCAGUGUAUAUAUACGUACUCCGGACUCUUACAAUGCUCAUUCUAAUAUUUAUUUCUUAAUUCCAUUCUUUUACUUUUAGAUUUGUGUGUAUUGUUGUGUAUCGUUAGAUACCACUGCACUGUUGGAGCUAGGAACACAAGCAUUUCACUACACCCACAAUAACAUCUGUUAAAUAUGUGUAUGUGACAAAUAAAAUGUGAUUUAAUUUGAUUCGAAAUGUCCCUUUAAGAAUAUGUUUAUAGUAUGCCAAACAAAUAAUAAACUAAUUAUCAUGGUUAGACCAAUCUCGUCCAUGAUUGGACAUGCAUUCUUCCGUAAUAAAUUACUGACAGCUCUUUCCACCAAUAAUGUCUUCGGGUACACGCCCACUGAGGGGGCAGAACUGGGAUGGAUUUGUUCUACUGUACACAGACAGACAGGCAGACAGACAGACAGACAGACAUACAGACAGACAGACAGACAGGCAGGCAGACAGACAGACAGACAGACAUACAGACAGACAGACAGACAUACAGACAGACAGACAGACCAAAGACAAUACAGUAUAAAGAUAGGCUAAAACGGUUUCUCCAAUAGAAAUACCGGAUGAGCUAAACGCAUGCGUAGAACCACAUAAUCGGGUCUAACGGUCGUCUCGUGCCGAACUGCGCAUGUGCAGUCCGUCAAAUAAAAGGCAGUCCGUACAUAUAAAGAUGCUUUCGACAAAAAAUGAAAACGUGACAGUUUGUCACUUUCACGAGGUUUGGUUAAUAACAUGUUCAACUACUUAAUAGAUUGUCUCGAAUCUAGGUUGUGCUUUUUAGAUUUCAAGAAAAUUAACAACUACUGGAAAAGUUUUCAAUUCUCUCAGUGGUUUCUCAAAGCCCAAACCCCGGCCUGGUCUGUUUGGUCUGUUCGUCAAGCGUUCCCGGAAGUCUCGCCGUGUUGCGCCUCUGGGUUACGGGUUUAGAAACGGUGUGGACAGACGGUAGCUAGCCUACAGUAGAUGGACGAAUUUAGCUACAAUGGGGUGAGUGACAAAUGUAGCUAUCAUUUUCAUUAACGGCGUCAUUUAAUUUCGAUAACUUUUGGCCUCAUCACAUUGUUAGAUCUUGGAAAUCAAACACACCUGUAUAACACACGUCUAUAACGUUAGCCAACCGUUUCGCAGAUAGGAUAGCUGUUAUUAGCUAGCAUUACCUAGCUAAUACAUUAGCUAGCUAGCUAGCUAGCUAAAUGAAUCAUCUUGAAAUACAAAAGUAUAUUCAGUCUAAAAUGAACACAUUAUGUUGUCAUGUGAUGUUGCACAGUCUAAGCUGAUCCAAUAGGUAGCUAGCUAUCCAGCUAGUUAACGUCGUGAUAUCAACUUUUUGACAUUGAACAUAAUGAAGUAUUGUAACUAACGUUGGCUAGCUAGCUAGCUAGGUAGUUAUUUCUUAGUGACAUGUUUUAGUCUUCUGCCCGCCUAAACAGACAAUCCAACUAUUUUCACGGCUAGUUAGCUAGCUAGCUACACCGGAUGCAUGAGUUGAAUUCUGCCUAAGGUUGCAUUUUGUCAAUCAAACAGAUGUGUGUUCUCUACAAAACAUAAAAAAACAGAAUAAAUGUCAUCCGUAUUCUUCAAUGGAACGUCUUGGUACCAUAAGGAGCCAAAUAUGAGCCUUUCCCUGACAGUUCUCUCAUCAUUCUGGUUCUGCAUCAUUCAGGCCCGUCUGCAUCUCUGUGGAAAGAUCUGGCCUUUAUUGCUGUCAGUGACUUUGCUUUUGGAUGGUAGAUUGAUUGAAGAAAUGACUUAUGCACAUUGUACUGCCUAUUCUGGCAUGUAGUCAGGCUAAUUCAGGGUCAUAUUCACAAGGCACCAAAUGGAGCAAAAGACUAACAGAAAGGGACUGCACUUAACCAAUAAGAAACAUAAAUGUUAGUUUUUCUGUUUCUAAACGUUUCACUACAGUGUGCACUAAUGAAUAGAAUCCAGGUUAUUAUGAGUAUGGCCUGGUCUACAUAUCUCCUCAGCUCCAGUAGGAUAGAGCUCUAUUUAGAGAUCAUGAUCCACGGUGACUUCUUAAAGGAACAGUUGCCUUGGUUAUCAAAAGGACAGUAAAGGUAAAAAGACAGUGGCUUUAUGCUAAAGUCUACAUUGGUGUAGGUUCGAUUCUAGCUCUGGUCCAGGACAUUUACUUGUGGGUUUCUGAUGCUGAGCAUUCUUCAAGGCCCUGGACCAGAGCUACUUCCAUCAUGCCUUAUCUAUGAUGUUACCCUGGACCAGAGCUACUUCCAUCAUGUCUAAUGUAUGAUGUUACCCUGGACCAGAGCUACUUCCAUCAUGUCUAAUGUAUGAUGUUUACAGUAUUAUGUCUUCUAGUGUGCCUGCUAGGUGUUGCUGACCUCCUCUCUCCAGCAGCGCCAUGCGAGGGUAUCACUCCAAGCUGGACUCCUCUGCUGGUGGUACGGGCGGCUCCAUGCCCCUGAGCCUGGCUGUGGAAACAGAGAAAGCCCAGGCCCUGCUCCAGACCUUCUCCUCUGCCUCCCUGCUGGCCAGCACUGCCCUGGGGGCCUUCUGUGUGCUGGCUGAUCAUGUCCUGCAGCUGACCCUUCUCCAACAGCACCCGUGGCUGCGGGCAGCGCUGGACAACACCGUCCAUGGUCUGAUAGGCCUCUGGUCCUGGGCGAUUGUCAUUGGCCUCAGGAAGAAGAGUGACUUCUAUGAAGUUAUCCUAGCAGGGAUACUGGCCUCUGUUAUCGACCUGGAUCACUUCUAUAUGGCGGGCUCUCUGUCGCUCAAAGUAAGGAACAUUUAUGGAACAUUCUCCCUUUGGUUUUCAGUGUCAUUUAUAGAUUAGUGUACAGUUUCCCAGACAACAGAUUAGGCCUAGCCCUGGACAGAAAAUAUGAAGAUAUCCACUGAGAUAACUUCAGUCCAGGACAAGGCCUUAUCUGUGUCUGGGAAACUGGCCCAUAGUGUUUAUGAAGGAAUAUAGAAACAAUAACCUCCUAUCUCUUCUGAUAUGUGAUCUGACUGUUUCCUCCUGCAGGCAGCCACCAGCCUGCCCCACCGCCCCCCCCUCCACUGCUCCUCUGUAGUCCCUGUCCUCUGCCUCUCUCUGAGGCUGGUGCUGUGGCUGGGCAGGCUAAAGGACUCAUGGUGCUCUCUACCCUGGCUGCUCUUUAUCUCCCUGGCCUCACACCACAUCAGAGACGGGGUCCGCCGUGGCCUGUGGGUGUGUCCGUUCGGCAACACGGCCCCCAUCUCCUAUUGGCUGUAUGUGAGCAUCACAGCCACCCUGCCACACCUGUGCUCUGUGCUCAUGUACCUGACAGGAACUAGAGACAUGAUGUCCACCAAGCACGGCAUCGCCAUCGACAUCUGA